AUGGCCGAGGAAGACGCUCAGGGGAUCUUACUGAAUCAGGGGCAGCAGCUUAAUGCUCUUGAACCAACCCCAAGACCGUUUGUGGUUGAUGACCGUGAUCGAGCAAUCAGAGAUUUUACAGUCCCAGUUCUUAAUGGACUAAAUCCUGUGAUUGUUCGGCCAAACAUCCAGGCCCCACACUUUGAACUUAAACCGGUCAUGUUUCAAAUGCUACAAACCGUGGGACAAUUCAGCGUUAUGGCGACAGACGAUCCUCAUCAACAUUUGAGGUUAUUCAUGGAAGUUAGCGACAUAUUCAAGCUACCGGGAGUUCGUCUAGAAACGUUAAGGUUAACACUUUUCCCUUUCUCUUUGAGGGAUCGUGCUAGAGCUUGGUUUAAUAGCUUACCUGCUGAUUCCAUUGCAACGUGGAGUGAUAUGGCUGAAAAGUUUCUUAUGAAGUAUUUCCCUCCGACAAAGAACGCCAAGCUGAGAAAUGACAUUACCUCUUUUCAUCAAGGCGAUGGAGAGUUAGUCUAUGCGGCAUGGGAGAGGUUUAAGGAACUGCUCAGAAAGUGUCCAUUACAUGGUAUUCCCCAUUGGAUUCAAAUGGAGACUUUUUACAAUGGUCUCAAUGAGCCAACCAGAGUAAUGGUUGAUGCCGCAGCUAAUGGUGCUCUUUUGGCCAAAUCUUACAAUGAGGCCAAUGAGAUUCUGGAGAGGAUGGCCACGAAUCAUUAUCAAUGGCCAACCGAGAGACCACCCACAAGGAAAACACCGGGAGUUCUUAAAGUGGAUGCAAUCACUGCUCUUUUGGCUCAAGUGUCAAAUUUGACUAACAUGAUAAAAACUAUGAACACUUCAACUAGAGUGAAUUCUGUCCAGGCCCUUACAAUCUCUUGUGUAUAUUGUGGGGAGGGACACCUAUUUGAGGAAUGUCCGUUGAAUCCCGCUUCAGUUUGUUAUGUGAGUAACUACAGCCGCAACAAUGCUUACAACCAUCAACACAACCAAGGAUGGAAACAACAUCCCAAUUUCUCUUGGAGUAAUCAAGGAGCAGGUCCUAGUGGUGCUCCUCAGUAUAAUAGACCAGCUCAGUAG